UCGGCUCGAGUGCAGCGACACUCAGAGUUGUGUCCGCAGUCGGUGACCGUUAGCUUGCGUCGCAAGCUUACAGUCCAGACUUCGUUCGACUUGCCGGGGUCCGCACGCAAGUCUGCUAAUUGUCUAGCAGAUUGUAGAAUUUUUCUACGGGUCGAAUUUUCAUUCAGGGUUUUGUGUAUAACAUAUUAGGGUAGGGGCUUUUUGUUCCCCGAAGAAAUGCCGGGAGCCUUGAAGGCAAGAGAGGCCGACAGCGGUCGCGCCAUGGAAUUUUCCUCUCUUGUAGCAGGAAAAUGUGCCGCUGCGGCUUCUAGCAAUGCCUCUGGUCAGAUUGAGGUUGAUGCCUUGAACAGCAGUGGAAAUGAUGGGACGCUUUUCAAGAAGAAGAAACGGAAGAAGAGAAGGAACGUGAACCCUUCGAGCGUGGAGGAUGGCAGUCAUCUUAACAAGCCUCUUGACCGGAUGGUUCGACAUGAUAUGGAUACCCCAUCGAACUGCACCUCUUUAAGUAAGAGAAAUGCCUCUUGUGUAACUGAGCUGAAACAGGCGCGGGAGUUACCGACUGGGAAUUGCUUAGAACCUAUUGACGCCGUUAAAGUUUCAGGUAAUUUGAAGCCUAACAAGAAGAAGCGUAAGCGUCAUGAAGAUCAUCCUGUUAACGAAGCAGCAUCGUCUUCAGUAGCAAAAACAGAGGAAACAACUGUUAAAGCGCAUGAGAGGGUCUGGCAGUAUGUGUGCAACAGGGCAGUUGUCGUAAAUUCUGGAAGCGUACCAGAUUCAGUCGUGCCUUCAAAGCCUGGAUACGGCAGGAAUACAGUUGUUACGGAGAUCCAUGUGGCUGGUAAGAAAAUUGUCGUUACUAACACCAAAGAAGGGGCUGUCGCGCAAGCCUGGUUGAAGCGGCAAAUAGGAAAGGUGUUUGGUUUGGACGCAGAAUGGAGGCCGAGUUUUAGAAAAGGUGUCGAGCAUAAAAUUGCUCUUUUGCAGAUUUGUGGAGAAGACGAUUGUUUGAUUGUUCAGAUGUUAUACCUGGAUUCAAUCCCAACCGAAUUAGUCAAUUUUCUGAAAGAUCCUUCAAUUAAAUUUCCGGGUGUUGGAAUUAAAGGAGAUGCCUUGAAGCUGAAAAGAGACUGGGGGCUUGAAUGCAAUGGAGCGAUUGAUCUGACCACUCUGGCUGCCAGUGUUCUGGGUCGACCAGAACUGAAAGCCGCAGGACUGAAGUCUCUUGCUAAGGUAGUCAUGGACUAUGAUAUGGCAAAACCGAAGCGAGUUACUAUGAGCAACUGGGCGAAGCCGAUCUUGGACAAAGUUCAAGUUGAGUAUGCAAGUCUAGAUGCUUGGGUCUCGUAUGCUAUUCACCAAAAACUUUUCCAACCUGCAUUAGAAACAGGCUUGGGUUUCUAGGACUUUUGUUGUACAAUCCAAAUUUUUUAUUUUUAUUAUUAUUUUUCCUAUGUA